UGACAAUCCGCCUUUACAUAAUCGUGCUAUUAUGGCUGGUCCCUCAAUCUGUAGACUCAGGAGCGGUUGUUAUGACAGUUUCCAGCUAUAAUAAGUUGGUGAAGGCCAACCAACUGGUACUCAUACUUUUCUACAACAACUGGUGUAUGUGGAGCAGGAAAAUGCUUCCAGCAUUCGAUAAAGCGGCAGACCUGAUUCGAAAUAAGUUCAAGCCACCUGGAACAGCCCUACUGGCGAAAGUGGAGUGCGACAAAAAUGUGAAGCUUUGCAAGACAUUCAAAAUAAAGCAAUAUCCGACUGCCAUACUUGUAAACCACUCAACGAAAAUCAACAAGGAGUACAAAAAUAAACGCUCGGAGAAGGCAAUAGUGAAUUUUAUGAAAAAGCACAUAAAAAUGUCAACUCAAAAGAGAAAAUAGGAAUAUCAUUUAAAGUACACUUGGCAGAACUCAAUUUCAAUAAAUAAU